AUGGCAGUGGGUAGUUCAUUGGGUACCUCACAUAGUGUCCACGGUGCCAGAUAUGGUUCCGGUAUUAUUAAGGAUCUCCCUCAUAAGGCAAACUAUGAGCCAAAAAGUGUAGCAUCGGAUGCACGGGAUGGACACUUUGGGAAAUUGAAACAGACGUUGUUCUCGUGGUGUAAAUGGAGAACGUUGGCUAUAUUGCUGCUUGUUCUUUCGGCCCUUUUUAUUCUUGCAAUCAUAUAUUUAGCUUUAAAAUGUAGCUGUUCAAGAGGCUUUGGCCACUAUUUUCCGUCUUAUGGAUCCAGUCAAAGCGGGUCUAGGUUAUUUAGUAACGAUACAGACUUUUUAAUAUUUCCGGAAAGUUUUAAUCUUGGCGAUACGGUUGAGGGUGAUCUGCUGCCAAAGUCGUUGGUAUUUUCAAAAUUUUCGCUACAAAUGAAUACACGUGUUCUUUUUAAUGUUACUGUUAGUCAAAAGGCACAAUUGGGAAUAUAUUUAAAGCACACAUUAUUACCUUCACCAACCAAUUAUGAUUUUGCGGAAAUUGUACAGGGUAGCCAUCUUCUUCCAGAGCCUCUAACUGUUCGUUUGGGUUCUUCUGAUACGUUGUUUCGACUAGCCAUAUUUGCCCACUUUUUGGAAUCUGGUAAAUGGAACAUUGCCUUUUUGAACGAUUCACCUGAGCCUGAACGUAUUCGAUUAUCUGCAGUCGUGACAGCUUACAGCGUUGAUUCAAAAGAUCGCUACUAUAACUGCAAAGACGGAUGUUCGGGUAAAGGAGAGUGCAAAAAUGGGAAAUGUCACUGCUUUCCUGGAUUUACGGGUCAAUAUUGUGACAGAACAUUUUGUCCAGUUCUUUGUUCUGGCAAUGGUGUAUAUUCUGGUGGUCAGUGCGUCUGUCACGAUGGCUACAAGGGCAAAGAAUGUGAUAUUCCUGUGCAUCGGUGUGUUAACGCUUGCAUACACGGUAUUUGUUCUCAGAAGGGCAUUUGUGAGUGUGAUCUUGGUUGGACUGGUGAAUUUUGCGACCAGAGGAGCUGUGAUGACCCGUCAUGUAGCGGGCACGGGGUUUGUCAUGAAGGCGAAUGCUUCUGCAAAUUUGGUUUUAAAGGUGCUUCAUGUGAGGAAACGUUUACAUUGAAAUCUUUAUGUGAAGCUUCAGAGAUUACUGCGGUUAGUAGCAAACUUUCUGCAACAAGUCCAUCGCUUGAUGCAGAUAUGGCAUGCAAUUCUCGUGGUACAGUGAUGAAUGGUACUAACGUCUGCAGGUGCAUUCCUGGCUACCAUGGGGAGCGAUGUCAGCUAGCUGUUUGUGAUGUGAAAUGUAUGCACGGGACGUGUGGAGAUGGUAUUUGCAAUUGUGAACCAGAGUGGACAGGUGUUGCUUGUGGUGAGAAAUUAUGUUUGCCAGGUUGUGAAGAGCAUGGCGUGUGCUUGAAUGGUACAUGUCAGUGUCAACAAGGUUGGAAUGGGGAGAAUUGUCAAAUAUCUGGCUGUCCUCGUAACUGUAAUGAUAAAGGAGAAUGUCGAAUUAUGUCUAACGUUUGGAGAUGUGUAUGCAAUCCUUCACAUUUCGGCAAUGACUGCUCGCUACCAUUGGAAUCCAAUUGCAAUGACAACAUUGAUAACGAUGGAGAUGGACUUACUGACUGCGAGGAUUCUGAGUGCUGUACAGACGAAAGUUGCUCAUCAACACAAUCUUGCAUGACUGUGAAGCAACCGAGUGUUAUCCUUCAGCGCUACCAAUCCUCGGCUAACCCUACAUUCUUUGACAAAAUCAAGUUUUUGAUUGACCAGGAUUCUGUGCACUUGUAUGCUGAUGCGAAAAACUUUAAUGAGAGUACAGCAUCUGUGAUUCGUGGGCGAGUUGUAUCUGACCGAGGCUCACCGCUUACUGGAGUACGAAUAUCUGAAGCUCCUCAUAUGGGGUUUACUAUUAGUCGUAGUGAAGACAACGGUGGUGCUUUCGAUCUUGUAGUAAACGGAGGUCGUGUGGUCACUCUGUCAUUUUUACGCCGAGGACUAGCAAAAUUAGAGCGUAGUUUUUACGUUCCAUGGAAUGAGAUAGUCUAUGUUGGCGAUGUUAAAAUGCACGUUACAUCUGUGCCUUCCCUUGUAUCAGAGGAUGAAAAGGUAAAAGGCCAUUGUCGCAGCUUUUUUGCUACUCACCGCGUAACGCCAGUCAUCUUCUCUUCGUGGCAACUAACUCAGUAUGCAGGAAAGCUGUCAGGUGUUCCGCAUCUUUCUGUGGAAUCUAGGAAAAUAUUUGACUCUGUUCAGAUUCCUGGUACAGAAGGCAUCUAUUUAGUUUAUGACAGUUCUCGGGCUAGUAAUUACAGCAGCAUAUUAAUUAUUAAACUUCUUCAUGGCAAAGUUCAUGAAAAGCUUCGUUUAAUUCAUCUAAAAAUUGAAGUAGCAGGUGUACGGCAUGAAGAAGUCCUUGCGGCAAAACCAAAUCUGACACACAUUUUUUCAUGGGAUCAAACUAACAUCUAUGGGCAGACAGUUAGUGGAUUGGCUACUGCGUUAGUUUCAAUUGGAUACGAAUAUGCUGGAUGUAAUGAGAGGAACAUUGUUUGGGUCUAUCGUACAGCCAAGUUGGAAGGGAAGAGUGUGAAACAUGGAAGUUUUGGUGGCUGGACGUUAAAUAUCCACCAUCAUUACGAUAAUGUGAACAAUGUACUGCAAAAAGGUGAUGGAUCAAGAUUUUACCUGGAUGAGUCUCCUCAAGUAGUUCACACUUAUAUUGGCAAAGAAGCACCAAGAAAAGAAAAUUGUCUUUUUUGUGACAACCGUAGAGCAACUGCACAUCUUCGACGCCCAGUGGCUCUUGGAUUUGGCAGCAAUGGAUCUCUGUACAUUGGUGAUGAUAAUUGUAUUCGCAAGUUGCUACCUGAUGGAUCACUCGUGACAGUAUUGGAAUUAAGCUUAUCUGACGUCGUUCAUUCUUAUUAUAUGGCCGUUGAUCCAAUAUCGGAUUCCCUGUUUGUUUCUAUCGCCCUGAGAAGACAGAUUUGGCAAGUGCUAGAGAAUAAGAACGGUGAUAUAACGUCGAACUACAAAGUUGUUGUUGGAGAUGGCAGCAAAUGUGUGGAUCCAAAACUUAAAUGCGGCGAUGGUGAACAUGCUGAAUUCGCACAGCUAACGUUUCCAAAGGGGAUUGCUUUUGAUAUAGAUGGGAAUUUGUACAUUGCAGACAGUCGACGAAUCAGGGUUGUUCGAAGUGCCAGAUAUUCUAAAGACGACCGUAUUAUAAAUACUUUGAUUCCAAGUCCAACUUUUGGUCCACGGAAGUGCGUUGGAAAUUUUGGCGAUUUAGCUGAAGUUAAUUUGGAAUGGCCGACUUCUUUAGCUGUCGACCGUAUUUCGAAUGACCUUUUAGUGCUGGAUUCGGAUCUACUGUAUCGCGUUUCACUGAUUUCCGGGACUGCACAAAUGGUUGCUGGGAAAAUUCCAGAAUGUAUGGAAGUACGGAAUCAACCCGAAGGUGUUCUCUCUUUGAGAGAUCUGAACCAUGCUACUUCUAUUGCCGUUUCAAGAGACUCUACCGUUUAUAUUGCUGAGUCGGAUGGAAAAAAAUUAAAUCAGAUUCGUGCACUGUCGCGUGAUGGUAACAUACGUGUAGUCGUUGGACGAACUGGAAAUUGCGAUUGUAAGACUCGAGAUUGUCCUUGCGAUGACAUCAGACCAACUCUUAGCACAUCGGCUUUUCUUCACUUCCCAUCUGCAAUUGCUUUUGACCAAAACGACAUUCUUUACAUUGCUGAUGAAAAAAAUUUUAAAAUAAAACGUUUGCAAAAAUCGAAAGCCAUGUGGAGUGAACGUGAAAAUCAAUAUGAAAUUCAAAGUCCAAACACCAAUGAAGCAUACGUGUUCGAUAGAAAUGGUGUCCACGUUGGCACGAAAGCACUGUUCAGUGACCAAUGGCUUUACAACUUCUCUUACAGCUCUGAAACAAGCGACAACCGACUACAUCGGGUUGUUGGUGGAGGAGGUGUUGAAUUGAAAUUCUCUUUUCAUGCUGAUAAGGAAGGAAAUCGAGAAAGGGUACAUUUGCAUUCGCUGGCUGGAUUGAGCACAACUUUAUACGUGAGUAAUGCAGACAGUUGCAUACAGGGCAUACGGCUUCCGAAUGCUGAAAUCAAAUUUUCAUACUAUAAUGGCCAGUUGCUAAAGUCCAAGUAUGUCAAGCCAAGAGCUUGGUUUUUUGAAUAUGACCGGUUCGGUAGGGCAAAAACUGUCACUGACCCUACUGGCAACGUGAUUUCGAUUCGGGAUGAGAGGAUAGAGCCGCAGAAUUUGGCUCAGGAUUUAAGGGGAGAAUCUCGAAAUUUGACUGUGUAUGAAAGGGUAGAACGGCAAAAGCUUGUAGUUGUUGUGUUCGUUAACGAUCGAGAACAUGCUACAUUUCAGUACUCUGAUGUCAACUUAGCUGAGAUUGGAAUGGGAAAGAAGCAAGCAAUUUUAUCGGAUGGUGGGUUUUCACUAGAAACUUUUGGUUAUCAAACAAAUUUUGAUGGAGUUUCAAUGCCAAAACUAGACGCUAGUGAAAGGUUGAUUAUGAAGAGGAAAAUAACUGUUCCAUCACUAAAUAAGCCCAUACGUCGGGAGUUGAACAUGCGAUUUGAGUGGCGUGAGAUAGUACGAGAAAGAACCAAAAGUGGAAAACGUUACUGGCAGGUCGGAAGGAGGCCUAGGGUUAACGGAAGAAAUGUGGUGGUAAUUGACUACAAUACUAACAAACGCUUGGGACUGAUACAAAACGCUGUUGAUGAAGAUAUACUGCGUUUCGAAUACAAUGAAGCAGGAGAAUUGACACGUGUUAUUCCAGUUAACAACUUCACUUUGGCUGAUUUUAAAGCUAUUUAUGAUAAAUUCGGUCGCCAGCGGAAAAUAAUCUGGGGGAACUUUACUGCUGAGUAUGGCUAUGGUUCUAGUAGUCAAGUGAUACAGUCUGUAACGAGUUCAGGCAACAUAAAUAUUACCAGAAAAUUUGACUAUUCCCCAGGGCAUUGGUUACCGUCAGCUGUUUACAUGCCGUCUGGUGAGCGUUAUUCUUGGCAGUAUGACACUCACGGACGAGUUCUUUCUUUCACUUCUCCAUCCGGAAAUACAAAUCGUUUUUCAAAGUAUGCUAUCACUAACAGGAUAAUUCUGGAACGUCAAGCUGCCCUGUCUAACUCGUCUUUUUUCGCAAUUUUUGACGAUAACACUCAUUUACUAGAAUAUUUGACACCUGACGGCGAACAUUUUCUCUCUGCAAGAUAUAACAUCUAUGGAAAAUUGGAGAAAUUAACUGCUGAUUCUGAAACUGUAGAUUUUGUCUACCGUAAUGACACUGAGGGAGUCUUGUUGAGUGAAGUUUCUGGAAGGUGGUUGAAGAGAGAAUACGUUCAUCAAGGUCCAUACCCUGUUGUUAUAAAUGAGAUCCAUAGCUCACUGAGGGGACCUAACUCCGCGUUUUCAACUGAUACUGUCGAAUACGCAUAUGAGUACAAUGAUCUCUUCCGGUUGUCGAAGAUUACUGCGAAAGUGAAUGGGAGAUUGAUGGAUCAAAUGCGAUUUACUUAUGAGCCACGUGAUGGUACAUUGACUAAAAUUAAUGAUCUUGAUUUCUUCCGCGUAGGCAGUAUUAGCCGAAUCGUUGGAACUGAUUUUAUUUUUGAAACGAAAAGAGGAUAUUACGGUGAGGAAAUUGAGCGCAAAGUAGUGGUGGCAAAUACUUUAGCUUUAAAAAUGGAAACUUUUCGAGAUUCGCUUGGAAGAGUUGAAAGCUCAAGUUGGACCGUUCUCAAAGAAAGGAGACCGGUGGAGAAGCGUACUUAUGACAUUAACGGACAAUUACUGCACUUGACCGUUGGGGAACGUGACGAUCGCAACUGGGCGUUACAUUAUGAUCUUGACGGUCGAUUGAAGGGUUUGAGUGAUGUUAAGGUUGAAAUGAAUCCAGCAGGAAUUCCUUUGCAGUAUGGAAAUUGGAAGUUCACGGCUGACUCAAAUGGAUGGAUUAGAAUGCGUGGAGAUCUCCACUUUGAAUUCGAUGUUUACGGACGAAUUAGGCGAGUAUGGCAUCCACACUUUUUAGACAUCGAGUAUGGAUAUGAUGAAAAUUCUCGAUUGAUAUGGCGCAGAGUCAAUGACCAGUACUUACAGCGAUUCUUCUAUGGAAACCCGAAACUUCCGCAUCUUAUUACGCAUUUUCUUAACAACACAAAUAGUGCGAUGUCUACGAUAAUCUAUGAUGAAAGGGGAUUGCCAAUAAUAUUUGAAAGUUCUGGAAAACGUUACGCGAUUGUAACAGAUACAGAUAAAUCUGUGCGUUACAUACUCAGUUCCAAUGCAAAACUUGUUAAAGAAGUUACGCGAGAUCCCUUAGGAAGGAUAGUUGAAGAUUCGAAUCCGUCGUUCUUUUUCCCACUUGGGUUCCUUUCGGAAUUUGAAGAUCCAUUAGCGGAAAUCGCAAUCAUCGGAUCGGAAGCACGUCCAUUAGAUCUUUAUUUGGGUCGUUUCAUGUCAACAUCUAUUUCUUUUCUGAAGCCUAACAUAGAUGUUUUUCGACCAGAGUAUGAAGCUGAUCCUUAUCGACUAAAGCGAAAUUAUAUUAUCACUCCUCCGUUAAACAUUGCUGACUGGAUGGAGCUAGUUGGAUUUUCUCUUGCAAAUGUAGUUCCAUCACUACAAAAAACGAGUAGUGAGUUCUCUGGGGUUGCAACGCUUAUUGAUCCCCUGAUAUACCUCUGUGAAACCGGAAAUCCAUAUAUCUUCUUUUCUGCUCUUUGUUCUCUGAGCAAGCAAACAGCUCACUUUUCACAAUUCUUAACUGCAUCCAGGUCUGGGAUCCUACCGGUACUUCAGUCGCCGGCACAGCCACUGACUUUAGUUGGUUCGUAUAGUAACAAUGAUACUAUUGGGUAUAAGGGAAUCGUUUUUAUACAAAGCCCGGAAGGGAUGGUAAAGGAAUUGAACGUACUUGACGAGUCGCAUUUGAGAGCAGUAAAAAGACUCGACUCGCUUUUGAAGCAUAGUGUAAUUGUUGGAACGGAUGAUAUUGGCUUGUCAACGAAGCCAGGGUUGAUUGCUGAGAUUCAUUUUGCAACAAACUUGCCAAAUUCUUACGACAUCACUGCUUUCAACGAACUCAGUUCACUUUUCAAAGUUUCGUUACGGAAGAAUUCUUUGGUAUUAAAUGCCAACAAAACACAAAUUGUCUUUCAUCUAAAUUUUAGCAUGAAUCAAGUCCGGCAGACUCUAGUUGAGGAUUUUGAGCAAAAUGUAAAGGCAGGAAUCUGGGCAAGUGAAGUCUCUGCAGUUAAGGACGGUAGAAAGUUCCGUCGUCCUUGGUCAGAAAGCGAUCAGAAAAAGCUUUUGAGCAGUGGUGCAGUACCCGGUUAUGACUUGAAGUUCCAGCCAGGAAAUUCUAUACCGAACCUGUUUAAUAAGAAUCUGUGGACGUUUGUACCUUUAUAA